AUGAGUAGGACUUCCACCAAUGCUGCAGAAACGGCUCGAAGGUUUAAUAAUGUCAAUGGCUGCAGUGUCGCAAAAGAAAACACACUGAGUUUUUGGUUCCAACGUUUUCGUUCUGGAAAUUUCGACCUGCAGAACAAGCCCCGUGGACGGCCGGAAACCAAAGUUGAUAAUGAAGAAUUGAAGGCUAUUGUGGAAGCGGAUCUAUCACAAACCAUGUCCGAGUCAGCUGCAGGCUGCGGUGUUAAUAAUAAAACUGUUUUAAUCUACUUGAAGCAAAUUGGGAAGACAAUUACGGCAGAUGUCUUUCGUCAGCAACUGCAAACCAUGAUGGAAAAGCUAGCUGCUAAACAACCAAGGCUAGUCAAUCACUCUAGGCCACUGCUGCUUCAGGACAACGCUAGACCAUAA